AUGCCAACUAAAAAAAAGGUUGAUAACAGUUGGAAUCUGAUCAACUUUUACAAAAACUCUACAACCGCUUCCAAAUCUCAUGUUUCAAUCGAUAUGAUAUCAGAUAAUGGUAAUUUCGAUGAUGUUUUAUCGAACACUAGUAGUGAUGAAUGCGAUUUACCCUUGAACCCCCCUAAAGAAAGCGUCACAGAAUUUAGUUUCGAUACUCUUACCCCACAGGGCAAAGAUAAGGCCGCUGAUUCAGCUACUCUUUCUAAAUUUGAUUUUCCUGAAACACUGGAAGAACGGUGGUACUCUAAGGUUUUGCGUUCUUUGCGCGAGGCUUUUGUGAAUUUAAAGACGUGGCAAGUUAUUCUACUGACAUCGUCUUCAACUCUACUUUUGACUUACUUGACGCAAGCGUAUCUCGAAUCAGGUGCAGAUAAUUCUAUUGAGAAUUUGCCAGCGAUUCCUUAUUUUACUCAACAUGGCGCAGUUUAUAAGAACAUUGAACUAGUAGUGCCCUUUGGUGAAGAUAUAUCAAGCAGCAAGUAUUUUGUGGAUUUUGAGAAUAGGGUAGCCUAUCCGGUAACUUCGGAAGUUUCCUUCUGGGACAAGCAAAAAUUUCAGUUUGCUGAGCAACUUGAAUCAUUGUGGGAUCAGAUCAGGGGUACAAACUUAAAGGAGCAUGUGCGCUUCGUGGCUGAGUACGCAUCUGAAAUUCACCGAGAUUUGACCAAAUUCUUGGCAGCUACAUAUGAGAAGUGUUAUCGGGGCUUCAAAGGUGGUUAUGCUAAAAAUAUUCAGCAAGGCUUUUCAAAUUGCAGAAAAAAUGCGGGGAGUGCUUUUCAAUCGAGUAUCGGUAAAAUGAAGAGGCUUUACAAGAGAGAAGCUACGAAAUUGGUCAGUUUUUUCAGAGAAAGGAUCCCGCAGAAUUUUAAUCCACCAUUGUUCAGAAUUCAAAAUUUGCGCAAUUUCAAGUCCGCUUUGGUCAUGAAUUGGCGACUAAAAAAACCCUUGUACCUGUCAAGGAUUAGAAAACUGUCUCAUUUCUCUUCUGUCAAGAUGAGAAAGACAUUGGCAAUGUUGAAAUUCAAAGGUAAUCAAGGUGCCUGA